AUGAACUCAGACGACGAGAAUUAUAUUCCGCCAGAAUUAAUACUUGAAUUACAAAUUUGGCUUUUAGAGAAACAAAAUGAAAAAACCUUUACAAUUGAAUUUCAAAAAACUUUUAAAAAAGGAUACCUAUCACACGUUUUACUUUCUAAUAAUGAUACAUUAAGACAUGGGAAAUUCACAAAACUCCUUUUAGGCUUCUAUGGACUUGGACCUUUGAGAAGGUUUGAAGAACGAUAUCCAAUAAUUGCAAGACAAAUAGUUGGUGACUCUGUUAAAGGUUUAGAAUUGUCUCCUACAAUUGAUAAUGUCAUUCAUAAAUAUAAAGGAAUUUUUGAUUUGAUGCCAUAUGAGAAAUAUUCAACUUCUUUUUUUGUUAAACGUUCAAAUAUACAUAUUGCUCAAAUGAUGGCUCAUUUGAAAAUUAAAGCUAAACAUUCUAUCUGGAAUACCAAGCUCAAGUUUAUUUAUCCAGUUAGAUAUGUGGUUAAUAAGUCUAACCAAAAGUUCUUAAGUUUGGUUUCUUGCGCUGUUACCAAAGUAUCCAAAUUCUUGAAGAAGAACUUAUAUAGAGAAAGGGGAUUUGAAUUAUUCAGUCUUGGUGAUAACCCAUCAUUAUUAGGACCUUUCCCUGUUGAGAUUUGGCUUAUAAUUAUCAAAGAAGCAAAUAUUACUUCAAAACAAAGCGCUGGUAUGUUUUAUAACAGUUAUUGGAUAGACAUUAUAGGUCCAUAUUUAUACACCAAUAUUUAUGGUAUAGUCACAAUUAGAGAUACAUUUAUAAUAAAUAGAGAUGAAGGUGCAUUUUUCAAAGAGGGACCAUCAUAUAGCAAAGGGUUGUUAUAUUGUCAAGAAAGAUAUGAUAGAUAUCAAGAUUUAGCCAAUAAUAAAUACGAAACUCUUGAUUUGUAUCCAAGCUCACCGGAGAGAAAGCAUAGACUUGAAAACUUGAAAUCCAAAUUUAAUGGAUUUCCUAUUACAUAUGUUAAAAAUCAUGAAUCUAUUCUUAAAUUGGCAGCUUUGAAUAAGAUAGAGAAUUCCUUAAUGCGCAAAUAUACCGAGCAGCUUUCUAUUGAUAUUUUUGCACCACAGGAUUUUAUGACAAAAGAAGGUGCUUCAGAGUUAUAUGAUGACUACAGAAAAGUUUAUAGUGGUUUUCAAAAUGUUGAAGUUGAAAGUUUUACAUUGGUAAGUUCAUUUGCUUCUUUGAUUCAUGUAUUACAUGAAUUUAAAACAGAUAAAACUCAUGAUGAAGCUAGUGUAUGUGAAAAAAAUGAUGAAGUUCAACCUUGUUUUCAAAAAGAAAAAAGAUGGACAGAUGCUGAUGAUGACUUUUUUGAAUUUACUAAUCCAAAUUAUGAUAUUGAAUUAAGCUAUUUUAAUAGAAUAUUAAACUCAAUAUUAAAAGGAAGAAGGGAGGAUAUAAUGAUUUAUAAGGAUCCCACAGAAGAUACAGAAUUCAUGGAAUUUAUUCUUCAUGAUCAUGCAAGAUACAGGAACCUUGAUCGUAUAAAUCACAAAUUUGAUCUUCAAGUUUUCAAAAGAAAAUUUUUACAGGAUAGAAAUUCUGUUAAGUUAUUUAUUGAUAACAUAACAAGACCAUUCUCAACUACUGAUGAUAAAUAUAUAGAUGUUUCAGUUACCAUUACUGGUUUCCAUGGGUCUAGAUCGAAUGGGAGAUGUCUUGCGGAUCAUUGUGGUCAUCUUACUGCAAUUCAACCUGAACCUCAAAUGGUUGUUCUUAGAAAGGUAGCUGACUAA